ACAUUUAUUAUUUGUUUAGUUGUGUAAUUUUAUAACUGAUAUUUAAUGUUUUUUUAUUUUACUUGUUUUCUGUUAAUUCCAAUUAAAUUAGGCUUAACGUUAGGCUUACUAGCUGUCCAACCAUGGCAGAUGCCGUGAUAGAAGAAAAGAUAUGGGAAAAGAAUUGUGAGGGUGAUGACAAUGAAGGAAACAUGGAAACUGAAAAUAAAGACUCUCCAGAGGUUUCAUACAGUUGGGUAGACAUCACUGAAGACUUUUUCAAAGCAACAGAAGAAAUGAAACUUGGAGAAUUGCUUCAUGAUGAAAUGUUUGGUCUUUUUGAGGCUAUGUCAGCAAUAGAAAUGAUGGACCCAAAAAUGGAUGCAGGAAUGAUGUGUAACCGAGGGAACAAGAAAGUGAUGAAUUUUGACCAAGCUCUCAAAGCUGGGAAAUUGAAAGUUGAUGAUCUUAAUGCUGAAGAAGAAAUCGGAAUCAUUGAUGCUACUCUUGCUUGUCUGGUAACUUGGUUGGAGGGGCAUUCGCUAGCUCAAACAGUCCUGACAAAUUUAUACCUACAUAAGCCUCAGGAUGUGGAAGACCGAGUUGUAAAAGCCUUUAGUAUAUGUAUGUUAAAACUAGUUGAUCUGAUAAAGGAUUUUGUCAACAAAGCUGGUGUGUUUGAAGAAGAGGAUUUCCAACCAGUAGUUUAUGGCUACAAGUUAGCUGAUGAUAUUACUAAUGUACGAGCAGCUGGCAUGAUGCGUGAAAUUGAAGAAGAUUUACAGAGAAAAGUGAAGAUGACGAGAAACAAACCUGGAGAAGAACAAGAUCCACAGACCCAGCUAAUGGUAGGUUAGCAAAUUAAAACUUGGGAAAUAAAGUUUGAU